UUGAGAUGAGAAUAGAAAAGCCAAAAACAACCACCUUAACUGUUAGCCAUUGUUGCUUACAAAUCACGUUUCCAUAUCUUCCCAAAUCCAGUAUUUAUUGCGUUCUCUUCUUCCUCCCACUGCUUUUUCUCUUCAAUCAUUCAAUCACUUCCCAUGGCUUCUCUCCCUCUUUUUCUCCCCAACUUUUCCCAUUUCUCCCCAUCUUUUCAUUAGCUUUCUCCCCAGCCAAAAGCCUCUAUCAUCUCUUUGCUCAUAUCCUUCCUAGCUAGCUCCUUUCAAAUUAAAUCUAUCCCCAUUUUAAUUAGCCUUUCACUUUCACUGGUUUUAUUUUAGCCAUGGAAAACUUGCCCGGACCUGAUCACCAGAUGGAGUUGCCGCCGGGAUUCCGUUUCCACCCCACCGAUGAAGAGCUCAUCACUCAUUACUUGUCGAACAAGGUUCUUGACACUUCUUUCUGUGCUGUCGCCAUUGGAGAGGUGGAUAUGAACAAGGUUGAACCUUGGGAAUUACCUUGGAAAUCAAGAAUUGGGGAAAAGGAAUGGUAUUUUUUCUGUGUGAGGGACAAGAAGUACCCAACUGGAAUGAGAACCAACCGAGCCACCGCUUCCGGCUACUGGAAGGCCACCGGAAAAGACAAGGAGAUUUUCCGGGGGAAAUGCCUCGUCGGAAUGAAGAAGACCCUGGUUUUCUACCAGGGCAGAGCUCCUAAAGGCGAGAAGACCAACUGGGUCUGCCAUGAAUUCCGACUUGAAGGAAAAUUGUCUCUCCCCAACUUCCCCAAUGCAACUCAGAGUGAUUGGGUGAUUUGCAGGGUGUUCCACAAGAAUUCCUGCGGAAAAAAUGUCCAUUUUUCAGGGUUAACGGACACCAAGUCCUCCGUUCUGCCGCCGCUAACAGAUUCCUCCACCCCGCCGGAAUCCGGCCACGUGACCUGCUUCUCCAGUCUCAUCCCACCUGAGAACAAGAGCCUGCAGCAAGAAUCUGUGAGCAUGAUGAACUAUCUCAGUCCAUUACCGUCUUCUUCAACUGCAGAUAAAGCCAUCGAUAUUUCCCCACACCCACAGAAUGUAUUCCCGUGGAGCCAAGCUGCAGGCAGCAGCUUUCUGAAUCAAGAUUCAUUCCCCAUUCAAGACCCUGCAAUUCUGAGGAGUCUUCUUGCCGGCUGUGGCCACCGGAGCUUCAAAACGGAGAAGGAGAUCGUGUGUGGGUCUCAAGAAACCACUGAAAUCUCCUCUGUUGUCUCAAAUCUUGAAAUGGGAGGAAGAAGGUCGUCGUCUUUUGAUGAUCAACAAAACCCACAGGAGCUUGACUGCCUCUGGAGUUACUGAAAACUUAUUAAUUAUUAUUAUGAUUUUUAUUAUUAUCAUGAUUAUUAGUAUUGUUAUUGUUGUUGUUGAUGUUUCUUGUUGUUAAUUAGGAAUAUUAUUAAGGUUAUUAUUAUAAUUAAUGAAGUUUGAAGUGUUUGUAUGUACAUAGGUUUUCUGUUUUCUGAGGUGGUCUCCAUACUCAAUAUAAAAACCUUAUGUGAUAUCUCAUGAUGGGUUGUGUUGAUUUUUG